AUGGCGCACCGCUCCAUACGACAUUUUGAUUGGGGACUUCAACUGCGGUCAAAAUCUGCAUUUCGGCCGGCUUGGAUACAGAACACGACGCCGGCCAGAUCCGGCGCCGGCCGGCAGGUGGCGACCUUUGCGUUGGCUGGCGAUGUCGAUCUGAUUGAGCACCCACUUGAAGACCGGGUAGUUGAUCCCCGCGAUCAGUUUGCUUGGCUAGUCGUGUCGAUCAAUUUUUUUACGUUCUGGCUGCCUCAAGAGGUCAAGUCCUAUGACAAAGGCCGGGCUUCGCCAUCCUGUAAUGAAUACAUCCAGCGCAGAUGCAGCCGCCAUUUUGACGGAUCGCGCAGCGGUCGAAACAACACGGCUGGCGGUACGCGCGAGCAAGCUCGAACCGACGUCGAAAACAUGGCAAAUGCAAUACAUCUUGAUGUAUCGAAAUGGGUACGUAAAACACCGGCUCUGGAUUCGUGUGAUUUAUGGCCGGCCAUUCACUCGGCCAUCACGACGUUUCAAAGCUCUGUGUCGUUUUAUAAACUUGCGUCGCAAGCAAACUUUCUAGCACGUGGCGCGGACUUUACCGACUUAGUCACGAUUCCAACUGCCCGUAAGUUGACACGGAUGGAAAAUGCGCGCUUCAUGGCGCCCCUUACUGAAGCAGAGGUACUGGUGCCUACCACUGUCAUUAGCAGUGGUAGGCGCCAGUACCUCUGUCAUUAG